AUGACGUCUAUCAGUAGUGAUGUGAAUACGAGUAAACUUAAGUUCAGUGUGGACAGUAUCUUAGGUAACAAUGAGUCAAUAAGUUCUAGUGGCAGUGGGCCUGUGGCGGAAUGUGUGCGUACGCAGGAGCCGCCAUGCGCGGGCUGCGUGGCCGCUCUGUACCGCUGCUGCCGGGACGAGCCACCGCUGCUGCAGCUGCCUCUCUCCGUGCCAUACGCACACUUACACCCGGCCCUAAGGCCAACUACAGUAUACAGACUACCACUUCCGCGGGCGUCGUCGCCACAACAGACAUCUUCCCCGCGCUGCGAUGUCUCAUCGAGCGGCAAGAGGAAGCGGUCCUGGUCACGCGCCGUCUUCAGCAAUCUGCAGCGGAAAGGCCUCGAGCGACGCUUUCAGAUACAGAAGUACAUCACGAAGCCGGACAGGCGCCAGCUAGCUGCCACUUUGGGACUCACUGAUGCUCAGGUGAAAGUAUGGUUUCAAAAUCGUCGAAUGAAGUGGCGGCAUACGAAAGAGGGCCGCGCUGGCCUGGGGGGCACUCUGGGUACCAUAAAGGACCCUGAUGCUACCCUCACCGCCGAGGAUAAUGAAGACAUUGACGUUGACACUCUUAGCGACUAACAAUAUGAUUUCUACAAUAUGUUUAUAUGAUUGAUAAGUUAUUUUGCCCGCAUUUGGUGCAAUGUAACUUAAACCCUUUUUCCACGAGAGACUUUCUAUAGCAGCUGUAGUGUAGAAUAGUCCGACAAGUAUCUUGACAGUUUUAACA